AUGUUGGAAGCCGCGCUCAGGACGCACAAAGCGAUUCUCGGCCCACUGCAAUCGUGGUGUCUGACACUCUGGCACCAGGCGUUCUUCAACGACAACCAUCAGUCUGGUCGCGAGGCAACACAGGUCUCGGCUAGGGUAUCUUACCAGACCGAGGUCGAGAUCGAGGUUCAAAGACAACUCGAGGUCGAGUUUACUCCUCUCGCUGGCUCCUGUGAUUCUGGAAAUUCAGGUCCUGAUAGUCCUGGAGGUCCUGGUUCCGAUGCACCUAGUCCCGGAUCUAAACCACCCAACGCGCAUGGGUCGUCGCUAGACGUUGGAGAACUCGACGCUUCUGGUGAUAUCGACAUGUCAAUACCCCAAUGGACACCAACGACGACGACCAACCAGAUCCGACCAUCCAACAGCUGCCCAUCGAUGCCAAGCCUCUACGACAGCAAAUCGACAGACAGCAGGCCGCGGAGGAGGCCAAACGGCAGGCCAAGCAAGAAGAUGAAGAGACAGGCUUUCAGCUGCUUGAGGAGCUUCAAAGAGCUUGUAGCAAGGACAUGUUCGAGGAGGAACUUGUCGUUGAACACGAAGACAAUCGCGAUAACAUGUGACUCAUUUCAGCCCUACCUGACCGGUCAACAACACGGCUCGCGGCAGACAUUUGACAUUGCCGACUCGCAGAGCAGGUCCGGUUCAAGGCGAAAAAAGAAGCAGAACGACUCGUAUGGAAAGGGAAAGACCUUUUUCUCGGAACCGAAGUGUACAAGUUCGGCCGAGCUCCGUCUUUGCGCCAACGGUUCUGGAGAGACCGCGGACCCUGAUGGUGUAUGA